UGCAAUUCGUAAAACUAAACAAUAAAAACCAUAGAUAAGAGCAAAAAGCAAGAAGAAAAUGGCAGAUUCAUCAGCUAUCGAUGAGCGAAUUGAAAUGUUGAAAGCUUUCGACGAAACACAAGCCGGCGUCAAAGGCCUCAACGACGCAGGCCUCUUCAAACUUCCAGAAAUCUUUGUGAGGCCACCGGAGGAGGUGGCCGCGGAGCUGACACACGAAAAGGCUCGAGUAGAAGUUGAAAUUCCCGUGAUCGAUCUGAGCGGCGUGGAAGAGGCCGGAAGGCGAAAGCAGAUCGUUGAACAAGUGAGAAGUGCUGCUGAGACAUGGGGAUUUUUCCAAGUGGUGAAUCACGGGAUCCCUCUCUCUGUUCUUGAUGGAAUGAUCGAUGGCGUCCGCGCUUUCAUCGAUCAGGAUGUCGACGAGAAGAAGAAGUACUAUUCGCGGGAUAUAACCAGAAGCGUCCGAUAUAACAGCAACUAUGAUCUGUUUGAGUCCAAAACUGCAAGCUGGAGGGAUACGUUGAGCAUUUCGGUUAACUCUGCCUCUCAUCUCCUCAAUCCUAUGGACUUGCCCCCUGUUUGCAGAUAUUCAACAGUUGAAUACUCAAAACAUGUGGAAAAGUUGGGAAAUUUUGUGUUGGGGCUAUUAUCUGAGGCCCUUGGACUAAAAACUGAAUUCUUGAGAGACAUGGAAUGUUUAAAAGGGCAUCGUCUCCAUUGCCACUACUAUCCAGCAUGCCCUGAGCCUGAGCUUGCGAUCGGAUUGAUGAAACAUUCGGAUAGUGGAUUCCUCACAAUUCUUCUACAAAAUCAACUUGUUAGCGGACUCCAGGUUCUGUAUGAAGGUCGGUGGAUUGAUAUACAACCAGUUCAAGGAGCUUUAGUCAUAAACAUUGGUGAUCUUCUUCAGUUGGUGUCGAAUGGGAAAUUCAGAAGCAGUGAGCAUAGAGCGAUAGCAAAUCGCACCGGUCCAAGAAUUUCUGUGGGCUGUUUUUUCUCUGGACCUAUAACUAACUCGAACAAGAUCUAUGGCCCUAUCGUCCAACUCAUUACACAAGAAAAUCCUGCACUUUAUAAAGAGAUUGUGCUUUCUGAAUACCUAAUGAAGUUCCUCUCUACUGGACUCGACAACUAUCGUGCUCUUGAUUAUUACAAGCUCUGAACAUGCUUGCUAAUGGAUAAAGAAAGCCUCAACCCCUCAACUUAUAUAUAUAUGUGUGUGGAGUACCUGUAAUAUAGUACUAUGAUCUUUGUAAUAUUUCAAUAAUGUUGUUAAUAAGAAUUAAGAAAUGAGGGUGCAGCAAUAGUGUAAAAAAGACGUUUAGUACUGUAUUAAUUCGGUGAAUUUCAG